AUGGUUACUGCUAAAGAAGUCCGUAUCAUUGCCCUUUUGGUAAUUGAUACUAUUUUUUUCCUUUUAGAAGUCAUCAUUGGUUAUGCUGUUCAUUCUUUAGCUUUAAUUGCUGAUUCUUUCCAUAUGUUGAAUGAUAUUUUUUCAUUAAUUGUUGCAUUAUGGGCUGUUAGAGUUAGUACACAAAAAUCUGCUGAUGCUAAAUAUACUUAUGGUUGGAAAAGAGCUGAAAUUCUUGGUGCUUUAAUUAAUGCAGUUUUCCUUUUAGCUCUUUGUUUUUCAAUCUUAAUUGAAGCUAUUCAAAGAUUAAUUAGUCCUUCUGUUAUUACAAAUCCAAAAUUAAUCUUAUAUGUUGGUACUGCUGGGUUAAUUUCAAAUAUUGUUGGUUUAUUCCUUUUCCAUGAACAUGGUCAUUCUCAUGGUGGUGGUUCAAGUGGUUCUGAUCAUGGUCAUUCUCAUGGUAAUUCAAAUGAUGAAGAAAAUUCAGUUGGUGCUGUUCUUCCAGAAAAUAUUGUUAAUAAUUAUGAUAAUGAACGUACUACAUUAUUGAAAAAGAAAAAUUCAACUUAUUUAAAUGAACCUUUCCAACAAAAUGAUUAUCAUUCAACUCCAAAUGAACAUCAUUCUCAUGAUCAUUCCCAUGGUGAUUCUCAUGGUGAUGAAGAACAUUCACAUUCAAAAGCUCCUAAAAAGGGUAAAUCUUUAAACAUGCAUGGUGUUUUCUUACACGUUCUUGGUGAUGCUUUAGGUAAUGUUGGUGUUAUCUUGACUGCUUUAUUUAUCUGGAAAACUGAUUAUUCAUGGAAAUAUUAUACAGAUCCUUUAAUUUCAUUAGUUAUUACUGCAAUCAUUUUCUCAAGUGCCUUACCAUUAUGUCGCAGAGCUUCAAGAAUUUUAUUACAAGCUACUCCAUCAACAAUCUCUGCAGAUUCUGUUCAAGAUGAUGUUUUAAAAGUUGAAGGUGUUGUCUCUGUUCAUGAUUUCCAUAUUUGGAAUUUAACUGAAGAUAUAUUUAUUGCCUCUCUACAUGUUGAAGUUGAUGCUUCUCCAGAAACUUUCCUGGUAAUUGCAUCCUCCAUUAGAGCCGCUUUACAUAAUUAUGGUAUCCAUUCUGCCACUGUUCAACCUGAAUUUAUUGGUGAAAAUAAUUUAUCAUCUGAAGCUUAUCAACAAUUUACCAAAAUUGCUGGUGGAAAAUAUUCAAGAAAUAAUAGUUCUGAUGCUAUAAAUAAAGUUCCAAAUCCUUCAGCUUAUGGUGCAAACUCAAGUGAUCAAUGUAUUAUUGAUACUGCUGUUAAUUGUAAUACAAAUGAAUGUUUGGAACCAACAAAAUAG